AUGUAUCUCUUCCCACUUGGUUCUUUCGCUGCCCUUGCCUGUAUCACAGGAUGUGCUUUGGGAAGUCCGCUUGUUAUUGACAGAGAAUGGAAUGCCUUCGAUAAUGACCACGGCCAUGGGUGCCACACCUUCGAUUAUCAGCACCAAGAGAAGUGGCCCGAGUUGCAUUUCGAGUCAAGGCAGUGUGCCAGCGGCCAUCAUCAGUCACCGAUUGAUCUCUCGAACGCUCCGUGGUCCACGCUCCACAAGCCAUCGUUUGCGUUUCCGGGAGGCCAUAGCGUAGACGGCUGGGUAUUCAAUCGUUGUUUUGGUCCAGAGUGGAACCCGAAGGCCCAAGCACACGCACCUGCAUUGCACUUUGAUGGCCAAGCAUACAGUUUAUUGCAAUGGCAUACCCACACUCCCAGCUCUGAGCACGCAGUCAUCGGCGGCAGAACUGCUGGCGAGAUCCAUUUCGUCUUCGGCGAUGGCUCUGGGCCAAAAGCAGUCUUCGGUGUACCACUGGUCCACGGCGGCUACAGCAACUUCUUCAGCUCGGUGCUUGGCAAUGGUUCUCUAGCAUGGCCUGGAGUCAAAGAUCCCUACACAAGAAUAGAGAUCGCAUUGAACUUCUCUGAAUUUUUCAAUGAUGCCCACACCAACAAGUACUGGACUUACUCUGGUAGUUUGACGACGCCGAAUUGCACCGAGGGUAUCAGGUGGUUCAUCAGUGGCUUCAAGCAUCCGAUGAGUGACCAAGAGUUCACCAGACUUAACGAUGUCAGCAUCGAUUCUGUGCGAGAUCUCCAGAAGAUUGAUCGACAGUUCGUGGAUAGCUCUCUUGAUGACGGUCAGCGGGUCAGGCAUGAGGACAUGUAG